GACAGACUCUACCAAGCUCCCAGGCAACUGAAAAGAGAACUCUUCCAAAGAUCUUCCAGAGAUGGCAAAGGUUUUCAAGAAGACCAGUCGUAAUGGAGGGCUCUGCCUCUACCUGGGGAAGAGGGACUAUGUGGACACCAUGACCAGUGUGGAAAAUGUUGAGGGUGUUGUGUUGCUGGACCCAUCAACUCUUGGAGACAAGAAAGUGUUUGUGCAGCUGGCAUGUGCCUUCCGGUAUGGUAAUGAAGACCUGGAUGCCGUAGGCCUGUGCUUUAGGAAGGACAUCUGGAUCCAUCAUAUUCAGAUCUACCCUGAGUCCCAAAAGCCUACUCUGACCCCCAUGCACGAGACCCUGCUGAAGAAGGCUGGAGACAACGCAUACCCUUUCACUUUCGAAAUUCCCAAGAACCUGCCAUGCUCAAUCUCUCUGCAGCCUGGACCAGAUGACAAGGGGAAGGCUUGUGGUGUUGACUUUGAGGUAAAAACUUACCUUGCCAUGGAAAAGUGCAACCCUGAUGAGAAGAUUGAGAAGAAGGACUCAGCUCGCCUUCUCAUUCGUAAAAUCCAGUACGCCCCCUCUGAGGUGGGUGCUGGGCCAAAGGCUGACAUCUGCAAAAGCUUCAUGAUGUCGGACAAGCCUGUUCACCUGGAAGCUUCAUUGGAGAAAGAUCUCUACUUUCACGGCGAACCAAUCCCAAUCAAAAUCAAAAUCAACAACGAGAGUAACAAAACAGUCAAGAAAUUCAAAAUCACUGUGGACCAAACCACAGAUAUUGUCCUCUACUCAGCAGACAAAUAUACCAAGCCUGUUCUGAAUGCGGAGUUUGGAGAGACAGUGGAGCCUGAAAGCACCUACGAAAAAACUAUGACUAUCACCCCCGUGCUGGCUGAAAACAAGGAAAAAAGGGGACUUGCACUGGACGGACAACUGAAAGAGGAGGACACUAACUUGGCCUCCACCACUGUACUGGGACCGGGUGCAGAAAAAGAGGUGUUGGGAAUUUUAGUUUCCUACAAGAUUAAAAUUACCCUCAUGGUGGCCGGAGGAGGCCUGCUGGGCGGCCUUACUGCCAGCGAUGUCUCAGUGGAGGUGCCAGUAAAGCUCAUGCACCCCAAACCUGAAGAAAUGCUCUGA